CCGGCCACUGCUCUUGGUGGUUGAUUCUCUCAGAAAUCGUGUAGUCACUGUGGGCUUGUAUUUCUUCUAACUGAAACUGCCCGUACACAAAGACGGCAGUAUAAUUUCACCACGCAAAUCGACAAACUUAUAAAUUUCAAGAUGUCUAUUAUGUCCUAUAACGGAGGGGCCGUCAUGGCCAUGCGGGGCAAAGAGUGUGUGGCCAUCGCAGCAGACCGGCGGUUUGGGGUUCAAGCACAGAUGGUCACCACUGACUUCCAGAAGGUCUUCCCUAUGGGAGACAGACUCUACAUCGGCCUGGCAGGCCUGGCAACAGACGUACAAACAGUAGCGCAAAGACUGAAAUUUCGUCUGAACCUGUAUGAGCUGAAGGAGGGUCGUCAGAUCAAACCAAAGACAUUUAUGAGCAUGGUGUCCAACCUACUCUACGAAAGGAGGUUUGGACCUUACUACAUUGAGCCCGUCAUCGCUGGGCUGGACCCCAAGACCCUCGAGCCUUUCAUCUGCUCCCUGGACCUCAUCGGCUGCCCCAUGGUGACGGAGGACUUUGUCGUGAGUGGCACGUGUUCGGAGCAAAUGUACGGCAUGUGCGAGUCUCUCUGGGAGCCCGACCUGGCGCCCGAUGACCUGUUUGAGACCAUCUCCCAGGCCAUGUUGAAUGCUGUGGACAGGGACGCCGUCUCUGGCAUGGGGGUUAUUGUGCAUGUCAUUGAGAAGGACAAGAUCACCACACGCACCCUGAAGGCCAGAAUGGAUUAGACCUCUCCACUGCUGCGUCCAGUUUUUCCAUUCACCUCAACCUCACUUUUUAUAUGACAAAAGAACUGCUCAUACUGUUUAUUGUUUUCUUAUUGGAGUUGCCCUGUUCAUUAAAUAAUAAAUCUCUAGUGUCCUGAA